UCUGGCAUGACAUAAAAACACGUGUUAAUCAAGGAAGAUCAUACCAAAAUUCAGCAGACAUCUUCAAUCCAACAUAGAGCAGUCUACUAGGCCUAGUACUACAACAAGAGAUCAGGCGACUUUCAUUCAACUCAAUAAUUAAUAGACCUGAGUGAGCUUUAACAUUAUGCCAAGUAAGAAGUUAAUGAAGUCACUUCAGAAGUUAACGAAUCGCGAGCUGAAGCAAAGGUGUCGAGAUGCUGGCAUGAAGGUGUCUGGUUCUAAACCUGAGUUGAUAAAUCGCUUAUGUGGUGGGAAAGAAGAAAAGACCAAAAUGUCAACGAGGGCAGUUAAUAAUUGGCUUCAGAAACAAGGUGUUGUCAACGUAAAGAGAGUCAGCAGAUGUCUUCGAGCAGGGAUCCACAUGGGUUACAUUGACAUUAGUGGUGAUGAUCCGCUGAAUAAUGUCGUUAUUUCUGAUGCCUGCUAUCUCUGUGAUUAUGAACUAGACGUGACCAUCCGUGACCUUCUCUACCAACCCGACUAUGCAGGACACGACUAUGAGUCUGGUGGCAUGAGGGCGACUGUAAAGUGUCCGAACAAAGAGUGUGAACUAAAAGGCGUUUACGUGUCGGGCAUCUGCUGCGAUUCGAUGUAUAUUGACUCGGGCAAAGGGCAUAACCACUGCAGCAUCUGCCCAGGUUUUGGCAAGUGCAUGGGUGACUACCGCGAGGAGCACUGCAGAUCAUGUGGUGAUCAUUACGACUCAUGCAGAGGACUAUUCCGUUGUCACUGUAAAGGUUCAGGCAGUACCUUAGAUGACAAGUUGUUCUCAUUUGUGUAGUUUUAUCGAACCAUGUGGUUAUUGUACAUGGUCUUAAAUUUUAUAAUAGAUUUAUCCUAGACGCCAAGUUACGUAAUAUCAAACCAGAUCAAAAUAAUGUACUGUGUGCCUUAACCGAGGUUUACCUCUUAAUACAAUGUUAGAUUGAAGUAUAAGCGAUACAUAUGAGAGAUCUAAUUUAAGUAAAUAUAGAGACAGCCGUUAUCAUUGUUUACAGAAUUGCUGUUAUAUGUACAUAAUAAAGGAACUCUGUGGAAAGACAUG